GCUUUGCAUAUGCUGUCAGUCUUCGAAAUCGCUCCUUUGUCUAGUUUUUGUAGUUAUCGCUCAGGAUUACUCUAGGGCCUCGAUCGUCCUUCCGCCUCGAAGUAGAUCUAUCAUUCUGUACGAGCAACGCAUAUUUGUAGCACUCCUCUUACUUUAGAUGAUAGCUUCCGCUCGAAUUAUCCCACGGAUGUCACGCGGACGCCUGGUCCUUCUUUCGCAGUUCGCUGUUGUCGCGGCAACGGUAUUUGACAAAGUUUUCAAGGAGCAGAAGGUCGAGAGAGGCACUGAUUCGGUAACUGGCAGCAGUUUGCCCUCGGGGAAAAUUCAUCAGCAACUACCCGGAGGCUCCAAGCACGCGGUUCAAGUUGCGAGCAGCACAAGUAGCGCAGAAGGACAAGGGCAACCCGGCCACGCAGAAUUCGCGGGGAAAAAAAUGUGCAAUCGGGACCUGCAGAAAGACUAUGACUACCGGGGUGGCGACUUGCCGGGUAUGCCAAUCAAGCCGGUGGGAAAUUAUGAGGACUGCAGGGUUUUGUGCGAACGGAACGCGACGUGCGGGCGUUGGACAUGGGUGGAAGGGUACCAGAAGAAGUGUUGGCUGAAGCACGACUCCGAGGAGCGCGGCAUCCUCGUCCCGCACGACCACAAGGGGCUUAACUUCUGGAGUGCGCGCUGCGCGGUUGUUUCUGCGCAGCAGGCGAAAGCGGAAGAGGAACGCGAGAUGCAACCUCCGAGCGAUGAAGAUCUAAGCAAGCACCAGGAUGGCUCUCGCCAAGAGUGCGCGAAUGUAUGGAUUCAGGCAAAAGGACUUGGGAGACAGGUUUGCUACGGCGCAAUGCUUGGCGGUGUGAUUGGAGCGGCAGCUGGUGUGGCAGGAGAAGGGAUUCCAGGGCGGCUGGAGCAUGGGGCAAUCAUUGGCGGCGGGAUUGCGCUGGUGCAGUCGGCUGCGCAAAAGUGCCGGCAGGCAGUGAAGGACCUGCCAUCGUGUGACAGGAAACGGAUGUUGACUAAUGUCACGUCCCGCUUCGAAAAACUCCGAAGUAACACGCUGUCUGCUGCUGCUGAGAAAUUACACCAACGCAUCUCAAGAAGAAAAGCACCUGGUCGACGCGAUCUCGAAGAGACUGAUGAAGCUGCCGAGUAAACGUAGAAAAUCAGUUUGCGAAUCGGGAAGCUUCUAGACGCACCAGGAGUAAACACAGAAUUAGAUCGGCUUGAUUAUAUAUAAAGAGGGACGGACACGGACUUUUCGAAUUUCUUUAUUUCGCGUAUUUAGACGAUUCAUUUGUAUUUGACAUGCGGGAGGUCCAAUGAAAUUAAGGACCAAUUCCCAAGAUAGUUAUUUGCAAAAUUAGUGAGGACAGAGCGCUGCGCCUAGAGUAGGAUGAUGAAGGUUCUCACUCCUGGAUACUUACACAUCGUUCCGUGCAUUUGCAUGUUUUUGUUUUUACAUUUCCCCAUUUGAUAUUUCGCGCUCCGUGGUUUUUCACGCCAGCGGAAUUUUUCUGGUACUAUAUAUUCAGUUUUUUGUAAGAUAAAGAUACCAAAAGAUUACUACUACAUAGGCGGGAGUCCUCCGAUCAACCACAAUCACGAUUACCGGACACCCGCAAACGUCGCUCAAAAGACUUGGAAGUUAUGGGUUAUGUAUGUAUUUUUUAGAAAAGAAACCGCAAAUAUGGACCGUAUGUUCAAGGCUGCUGGAACUAUUCACGGGCAUGGAAAUCGCAAGUCGGAGUUGGUCCCGACAGCGACAAAUGUCCAGGACCUCGCGUUGUGGUGCUCUAUGAAC